UUGUUUUGAUGAAGCUCCAGUCCAGUGAGUGACCAGUCAUUCUGUCCCAGUCAGUCAGUAGCUUCGUGCGAGCCUCAUAAAAGAAGGACAUCACCAGAAAAUAUGAUUUACACUCGAGAAUCAGUAAUGGCACUUAUGGAAGAGAAAGAAAAGUUAGAGCAAACUAUCAAGGAAUUAUGGGAUGUGUUGAAAUCAAAUAACAUAGGUAUGACCGAGUCAGUAAUUGACAGUGAAGGUUACCCUCGCACAGAUAUUGAUGUCUAUCAAGUUCGUCAUGCACGACACCAGAUAAAAUGUUUACAGAAUGACCAUUCAGCCCUACUACGCCGAAUUGAGGAAGGCUUGGCUGUUGUUCUUAGCCCUUCGAGCACACAGGAUCUAGACCCCAAUGGCACCAAUGUUUCUCCACCAUCCCCAAAUCGUGAGCCAUUUGCUAAAGUGGAUCAUGUUGUUCUUGGGUCUCCAGCAAAUAUGGCAGGACUGCAAGAGAAUGACCUGUUGACACAAUUUGGGUCUAUCACCUGCGACAACUUCCGCAGCCUGGUCAACAUAUCACAGAUUGUACAGAACUCCAUGAAUUCCCCCAUCCAGAUUACUGUGAGUCGCAAUGAGCAAAGUGUGACCCUGACUCUCACUCCUCGUCAGUGGUCUGGUCGUGGUCUUCUUGGAUGCAAUAUUGUCCCUAUUGAUAGACCAGACCGGUGAGAGAAUCUACUGAGCUGAUUGCACUUGAAUCACAACAAGUUUAUAUUUAGUUUUCAAAGAGUUACUUUCCUGGAUUAAUUUGUAUAAUGGAAACGGUUAUAUACCUUUAUAAUCAAAACUUAUAUUCUUAUUGGCAUUGUAGAUGAAUCAUAGGUCCCGAUAUAAGCUGUUUGUACAGCUGCAUGUAAAUUAAUUUUGAAGGAAUAAAUGCAACAUAUGUCA